AUGCCUUCUUUCACCCUCAAAGCUGCUCUGGUAGCAGCCAUUGCUCAGAUCGUUUCGGCUCACCCCCACGCCAUCAACUUCAAGAGAGAAAAUGGCCUGGCUGUCGAACUGACGGAUGCUGGCGCCGCAGGCGUGGGCAUGAAGGUCACCAACACUGGCGGCGAGGCCUUGAACCUCCUCACAUACGCCACUCUUCUCGAUGAAGGCCCAGUCAACAAGCUGAGGGUCACUAAGGACGGCGAGGUUAUGCCUUUCACCGGCGUCGUCUUCAACUAUGACCUAGCCAGCAUCCCAGACGAGAAAUUCUGGGCUCUAGCGCCUGGCGAGUCGACGGAGACCGUAGUGGAUGUGGCGUCUCUGUACGCCCUUGAAGGUGGUGUGUACACCAUCUCUGCCUCUGACGUCGUUGAAUACGCCGAAUUAAACUCGACCGAGAUUGCGGGCGUUAUCCCGUACGAGAGUAACGAACUCGAGGUCGAGAUCACCGCCGAAGAGAUUGCCCAGCACAGUCGCGCUGUUGCCAGUCUGGACAAGCGAACAGAAGUCAGCCAAUGCUCUGGCUCCGAAGGCGCCGCGCUGGAAGCUGCCAUUGAAUAUACUGUUGGUCUUGCCACCAACGCCGCGACUGCAGCAUCCUCCGGUUCCUCAUCCAAGUUCCAGGAGUACUUUCGCACCACCUCAUCCAGCACUCGCAGCAACGUCGCCUCUCGAUUUCGCGCCAUUGCGCAGGAGGCUAGUUCGCUAACCAGUGGGAACACCCAAUACUUUUGUGGUGACGUUCUCGGCGCCUGCCAACAAGGAGUGAUCGCCUACACCCAACCAGCGAGCAACAUCAUCGCCAACUGCGAGCUGUUCUACUCCCUACCGGCCACGAGUCGCGGCUGUGGUGACCAGUCCCAGGCCGCAACAGUGCUUCACGAGUUUACUCACGCUCCCGGCAUCUUCCCUCCCGGCACAGAGGACUUCGCCUACGGCUAUGCCGCGGCCACCAGGCUCAGCUCGACUCAGGCCGUCAACAAUGCCGACAACUAUGCUCUCUUCGCUGAUGCCAUUGACAACAACUGCUGA